CCGCUACUGAGCACACUUGACUUUCGCAAGGGAAGCAGAGGCAAACGAAAACCAUGUCAAGCACGGGCGGAUGCUGUGCAGGCGGUAGCUGUGGUCCGGCGGAGAGUGAGGCUGGGGCUGGGGCUGGGGCUGGGGCACCAGCCGUGUCGUCGCAAGUCGCAGACGAUGCGGUGCGUGCGGGCGUUCGGCCAUGUACGACGCGGUAGCCAAGACGAACGCGGUGGGAGAGAGUGCAAGCGCGGAUGUAGAUACGGGUGGAUGCUGCCCGCCAGCUAGCGGGGCGGCAACGUGCUGCGGGACGAACCAGGACGCGGCCAUCAACGCCAUCAUCUCGACGCGGAUGGGCUAUACUGAGGAUCAGAUCAAGGCGGUGCCCGACGGGGCCAACAUGGGGCUUGGAUGCGGAGCGCCGCUGGAGGUGGCUAAGUUGCAGGCCGGCGAGGUGGUGGUGGAUCUGGGCUCUGGUGGCGGCUUUGACUGUUUCCUCGCUGCGCGCGAGGUCGGCGAGAGCGGGAUGGUCAUCGGGGUGGACAUGACGCCGGCGAUGGUGUCCAAGGCGCGGGCCAACGCCGAGCGUGGUAAGUAUGCCAAUGUCGUGUUCCGGCUCGGUGAGAUCGAGCACCUCCCGAUCGGCAACGACGAGGUCGACGUCAUCAUCUCCAACUGCGUCAUCAACCUCUCGCCCGACAAGCUGCAGGUCUUUGACGAGUGCUGGCGGGUGCUCAAGCCCGGCGGACGGGUGGCAUUCUCGGACGUUGUGGCCACAAUCGAGCUGCCCGAGGAGAUGCGCCGCGAUGCAUUCCUCAUCGGGGCGUGCAUCGGCGGCGCCUCGCUCAUCACCGACCUCCAGUCGAUGCUUGAGAACGCUGGCUUUGUCGACGUCUCCAUCGAGCCCAAGGACGACUCGCGUGACUUUAUCCGCGAGUGGGCGCCCGGCCGCAGCGUUGAGGACUACGUCGUCUCAGCGUACAUCACUGCACGCAAGCCAGAGCAGACCAAGUGUUGCUAAAGGUGUUUGCCAGUGGUAGGCGACGAUAAAGUGGUCUUUUUUUUUGCAA